ACGCCAGGAGGUGGUGGCAGCCGCAGCCACUUCCUCCUCACCGACCCCCAGAGAGCCCCGCCACCAAUUCCCCGUCCUAGAGAAGGAAACCGAUGCCACGGUCCCCAAGGAGCCCCGGGGACUCAUGCGACCCACCAAGAGAUGUGGCCCACGGCCCCAGGGAGAUCAGGCCCAGGAGGAUCAUUCAGCGAGGCCGGAACAUCUGCAGGAUGGCAGAGGAGCCUUUGUCAAACACAAGUGACGCCGUCCUGUUGCCUAUCCGCAUCAGUGUCCCAGCCCCAGGCCUGACCCAGUGCAUGCUGGGAUGCAUGUCCUGGAUUGCCUGCCUAGUCUGCUUCCUAAGGACUCAGGCCCACCAAGUUCUGUUCAACAACUGCAGAUGCAGGCUGCUCUUCCACAAGCUCAUGGAAAAGACUGGUGUUCUGGUCCUCUGUGCUUUUGGCUUCUGGGUGUUUUCUAUGCACUUACCAUCCAAACUGGAAGUCUGGCAGGAUGAUAGCAUACAUAGUCCACUGCAGAGCUUGAGGAUGUACCAAGAGAAGGUACGACAUCAUACUGGGGAAAUCCAGGACCUCCGAGGUAACAUAAACCAGCUCAUUGCCAAGCUCCAGGAGAUGGAAGCCAUGUCUGAUGAGCAAAAGAUGGCCCAGAAAAUAAUGAAGAUGAUCCAAGGAGAUUAUAUUGAAAAGCCGGACUUUGCCCUGAAGUCGAUAGGGGCCACCAUUGACUUUGAGCAAACGUCAGCCACUUACAACCACGACAAGGCUCGCUCCUACUGGAACUGGAUCCGCCUGUGGAACUAUGCCCAGCCCCCAGACGUGAUCCUCGAGCCCAACGUGACACCUGGUAAUUGCUGGGCCUUCGCCGGUGACCGAGGCCAGGUGACCAUCCGACUGGCCCAGAAGGUCUACCUGUCCAACCUGACACUGCAGCACAUCCCCAAGACCAUCUCACUGUCGGGCAGCCUGGACACAGCCCCCAAGGACUUCGUCAUCUACGGAAUGGAAGGCUCCCCCAGGGAGGAGGUAUUCCUGGGGGCAUUUCAGUUUCAGCCAGAAAACAUCAUUCAGAUGUUCCAGCUCCAGAACCAGCCUCCCAGGACUUUUGGCGCGGUCAAGGUGAAGAUAUCGAGCAACUGGGGGAACCCACGCUUCACCUGCCUGUACCGAGUGCGCGUGCACGGCUCCGUGACCCCACCCAGAGAGCAGCCUCAUCAGACCCCCACCCACCCCAAGAGAGAUUAAAGUGUAUUCUU